AUGAGAGGCUUGCAAUUGUCAUUGAACAAAACCCAGAAACUGAGACUAGAGAGAGCAUUAGAGCAGUUGGAAUCUCUUUCAUCCAAAUCCAACUCUGAUGCCUCCGUCACCGUCGCCGACAACAUUUCCGUCGACUGCGAAGAUGCCAUUCUGAAGGGACAUGGGACAACGGAGUUGGAUGGGCGUGUGGUGGCGACACUGUGUGGAGUUGUGGAGCGCGUGAAUAAGCUCGUCUAUGUGAGGGCUUUGAGGGCCAGGUACAAGCCUGACAUUGGUGAUAUCAUAGUUGGCCGAGUUAUUGAGGUUGCUCCAAAGCGCUGGAGAUUGGAGAUCAACUUCAGCCAGGAUGCAGUUUUGAUGCUUUCUUCUAUGAACUUACCCGAUGGCAUCCAGAGGCGACGAACUGCAAUUGAUGAGCUUAACAUGCGCAGUAUAUUUGAAGAAAAUGAUGUCAUCUGUGUAAGCUAG